AUGCUGCGGACACUACGUGUGUCGCGUGGUGCGCCAAUUGCGCGACAGUUGCGAAGCUUCUCCACUGGCAGAUCUGCUAUGUCUUCGCUGCGGAUAGGCUUUGUGCCUGAGCACUUCUCCACACCCCUCGAAUUCGCAAAGAAACACUACAAGCUACAAGCAACCCUCCUUCCCUAUCCCUCUGGCACCGGCCACAUGGUCACCGCGCUCCAAUCCGGCGAAAUCGAUAUCGGCGUCGGGCUCACAGAAGGGUGGAUAGCAGCGCUAGGCAAGGCCCAAGAAGCACAGAAAGACGCUGGGUUCAAGGUCGUGGGUACAUACGUCGAAACACCACUGUGCUGGGCGAUAUCCACCGGCGCACGCCGGGACGAGAUAAACAGUGUAGACGACCUCAAGGGCAAGAAAGUCGGAGUCUCGAGGAUAGGAAGCGGCAGCUACGUGAUGAGCUUCGUGCUCGCCGACCGAGAAGGUUGGCUCGACCCGCACUCGCCCAGCCCGCCGUUCCCCGUGGAGCCGCUCAAUACCUUCGCGAACCUGAGAGAAGCGGUGAAUAAGGGAACGGCAGACUUCUUCAUGUGGGAGCACUUCACCUCUAAGCGCUACUACGACAACGGCGAGAUCAAAAAAAUCGGCGAGAUCUACACGCCCUGGUCGUCCUGGAAAAUCGUCGCCACCAACGCACUCCUCAACCCGUCAAACUGGUCGCAUGGCAGCCACGCCUCGCACCCCGCGCUGAAGCCCGAGCUAGACGACGCGAUGCAAAAGAUUAACAAGGGGAUCAAGCAUUUUGAGGAGAAUCAGGAGGAGGCGGUGCACUACAUCAGCACGAAGUUGGACUAUAGUGAGGAAGAUGCGAGGGAGUGGCUCAAGACUGUGCGGUUUGCGCAUGAUGUGAGGGGCGUGGAUAGAAGUGUGGUGGCGAAGACGGUGCAUAUGCUGGUGCAAGCGGGGGUGUUACAAAGACAUGUACAUGAGAAGGGUGAGGAUGCUAUGAUUGGACUUUCGAGGAGUGAGGCUGUGAAGUGGGUGUGA